CUAAAAACAAAAGUGACCAAAAGUCGAAGUGAUAAAUGAGUGUUAAUUUAAUGAAGGUUGUUACAAAUUUAUAUUUAUGUAGGGACCUAAUCUUUUUCUGCCAUGUUUUUAAUAUAAAGAAGUAUUAAAUGAUGUUAAGAUAGUGAUUAACUUUAACAACCAUGAUUGCUAGCAGUCGGUGACACGGUUGAUUUCAAGUAUUGUGCGUAAUUCACUACCUUAUAUUUAAUGGGCAGUGCCGUAUCGGCGCAACAACGCACGAUGUCCUUGUUUGGGAGAAAUGCCCACAAUUCUCAGGAAGCCCGAGCAAGACUGGACAGAAAGCUCUAUCUUGCCCGAGAAUCACCAGAACCCGAUUUCGAUUUGUCAGAUUGCUGUCUACGGCGUUUACCGUCGGGUAUAUUUUCCAUUUGCAAGGUAUUUAGAAAAGACAAUUUGUAUCUACAUAAUAAUCGUCUGCAAUCCUUGGAGGAAGGAGGGCAGCUGUCAGAUCUUUUUCUUAUCAAAGUCCUCAAUUUAAGUUGCAAUCAAUUUUUUCGUUUGCCGAAUGGCAUAAGAUAUCUCGUAAACCUGACUGAGCUCUAUUUACAAAAUAAUUUUCUUGAAUCUAUACCUGAUGGAAUAAAGCUUUUAGAGAGUCUACAAGUGUUGGACUUAUCUAAAAACAAAUUGAAACAUUUGAAUCCUGGAUUAGGUAAUCUUAAAUGUAUGAGAUUGUUAAAGAUAUCAGAUAACAAACACCUCUCAAAACUCUGCCCAGAGUUGUGCCUUGCAACUAAUUUGCUAUCUAUUGAACUGGAUGGUGAUAAUUUUACUUUCCCACCACCUUGCAUAGCCACACAAGGGACUUCAGAAAUAAUGAGAUAUCUAUGUUCGGAAAUGAGUAUUGAGUACAUUGCUCCGUUACCUUCUGAUACUUCACCAUCUCAACUUCCCAACAUAUAUUACAAUCCUUUUGAAAAACAAUUAGGAAUUACAUGGGAAGAACAAGAAGCUGCCAUGAUAGAACAAGAAAGUAAAAUUCAUAAAGCUAACCAGGAGCAAAGAGGAAAAUUUCUGUCCAAAAUUAUACAAGAACAACAAGAUUUGGAUAGUGAGAUAGCUAAAGUACAAGAGGUAAGAGAAGUAGAGAGGCAGAAACUAAUGAAAACUAUACAGAUGGAAGAAAAGGAAAUUGAAUGCUUGGUUAAAAACUUUAUCCAAAUUGAUAGUCUUCACCCAGAGGCAGUCCAGCAACAGCUGGCUUAUGAGCAAACUGAACAUGAUAGGUUGUUGGAGAUAACCAGACAAAAUUAUGAUAAUGUUAGAAGAGUUGAUAUUUUAAAAGCAAUGGAAGAGCUUAUAGAAAAAGAUUCUUCCAUACAAAUGUAUAAAAAAUAUUAUAAGGAUGAUUUAAAUAACAUUAAAGAGAAUAUGCUAAUACAGGAAAACGAAGGGGCAAUGAAAUUAUCUGAGCUUUUAAAUGCUAAAGAUCAAUCGCGUACCACUUUAGUCCAAACACUUCUAGAAGAUCAAGAUAUACAGAAAGCAAUUGUUUCAUCGCUGCUAGAAAAAGUGGAUGCCAAGAGUUGGAGUCUGAACCAAGAAAUAGCACUUAUCUCUGAAAAUUUAGCAAGGCUCAGUGUAAUUGAACAAGAGAAAAAGAAUAUGCAUAUUGUAUUUAAUUAUAAUGAGCUAUUACAACAAAGGAUUCAUUUGGUAGAGUUGCUCGACAAUCUUCUGGAUCAGAGAAACAUAAGAAGGAAGCAAUUAAUUAAUACAUUAAAGGAAGUAGAGACUGAAGGUAUCAGAUCAAAAGACUUUUGGUUAAAAAGCUAUCAAAAACUUUUGGAUUCAGCACCAAAAUCUUUGUUUAGUAUUAGAAAGUUGGAUCCUGUUUUUGCAAAUAAUCUUUUACAAGAAGGUGUAAUACAUUGUUUGCCUUUUCUGGUUAAAUAUCUAUUUUCCGCACGUGCUGCAUCUUUGAAGUAGCCGACGCUGCCUUUCGGCACGAGUCUGCGAUCGUUUUGUGUCAGCCUCUGAACUAUUUGAGCAGAGGAAGUAAGUAGGUAUAUUAAAUUAUAUUCCUGCAAUAAUAAAGAAAUGCUUCUGAUAAUACUUCAGUAUUAAAUUCACGUAACCAUACUUAUACAUAUUAUAACUACCAAUUAUAUUAUUGCGGUUGCUUUAUCCCUUAGAUAUAAUUGCGUAUACUGUAUUUAAACUUAUUUAUACACUUUUAUUCCUAUUUACCACCUGUUUUACAAAUACACACGAUUUUAGCACUUA